AGUGGCUGCACUUGGGUGCGAGGCAGAGAGGGGGCACAUCCGUUCACGCCGAUCCAUGAAAAUGCUUUGGAAACUGACGGAUAAUAUCAAGUACGAGGACUGCGAGGACCGUCACGACGGCACCAGCAACGGGACGGCACGGUUGCCCCAGCUGGGCACUGUAGGUCAAUCUCCCUACACGAGCGCCCCGCCGCUGUCCCACACCCCCAAUGCCGACUUCCAGCCCCCCUACUUNCCUAUCUACCCCCAGUCGCAAGAUCCUUACUCCCACGUGAACGACCCCUACAGCCUGAACCCCCUGCACGCCCAGCCGCAGCCGCAGCACCCGGGCUGGCCCGGCCAGAGGCAGAGCCAGGAGUCUGGGCUCCUGCACACGCACCGGGGGCUGCCGCACCAGCUGUCGGGCCUGGAUCCCCGCAGGGACUACCGCCGGCACGAGGACCUCCUGCACGGCCCGCACGGGCUUGGCUCAGGACUCGGAGACCUCCCGAUCCACUCCUUACCUCACGCCAUCGAGGACGUCCCGCAUGUAGAAGACCCGGGUAUUAACAUCCCAGAUCAAACUGUAAUUAAGAAAGGUAAGCCAUUUCCUUUUGCAUUCCAAGCAUGUCCUUACAGGCACAGUCGCAGGCCGGCUUGGAAAGGCUCUCCAAAACGCGAGCCUUCCUCCAGCGGCACGGCGAAGUCUAAAAAUGGAGGAAGAUCUUUAAGAGAGAAGCUGGACAAAAUAGGAUUAAAUCUGCCAGCGGGGAGACGUAAAGCCGCCAAUGUCACCCUGCUCACAUCACUAGUGGAGGGAGAAGCCGUCCACCUAGCCAGAGACUUUGGGUACGUGUGUGAAACCGAAUUUCCUGCCAAAGCAGUAGCUGAAUUUCUCAACCGACAACAUUCCGAUCCCAAUGAGCAAGUGACAAGAAAAAACAUGCUCCUGGCUACAAAACAGAUCUGCAAAGAGUUCACCGACCUGCUGGCCCAGGACCGCUCUCCGCUGGGGAACUCGCGGCCCAACCCCAUCCUGGAGCCCGGCAUCCAGAGCUGCCUGACCCACUUCAACCUCAUCUCGCACGGCUUCGGCAGCCCGGCCGUGUGCGCCGCCGUCACGGCCCUGCAGAACUAUCUCACCGAGGCCCUCAAGGCCAUGGACAAAAUGUACCUCAGCACCAACCCCAACAGCCACACGGACAGCAGCGCCAAGGGCGGCGACAAGGAGGAGAAGCACCGAAAGUGA